AUGCUCCAAAGGGAGCUGUCAAAACAUGGGAAGGGCGCGAUACACCUUGACAUCGCCUCGUCACUUCACAGGUUGGGUAUCGCCUGGAGAGACCUUGGUGAUCACAGACAAGCCGUCAUCUUUCUUGAACAGGCAUUGCAGAUGAGGCGGAGUAUCCAUGGUAAGAACGUCACGCAUCCUGAUAUCGCCGGGAUACUAAACAACUUGGGCUCUUCCUGGAGUCAACUUGGUGAUCACAGAAAGGCCGUCAGCUAUGAUACCCAGGCACUACAGAUGUGGCGGAGUAUCUAUGGUAAGAGCGUCGCACAUCCGGAUGUCGCCGGGAUACUUAACAACUUGGGUGGCGCAUUGAGUGACCUUGGUGAUUACAGAAAGGCCGUCAGCUAUCAUGAGCUGGCACUACAGAUGUGGUGGAGUAUCUAUGGUAAGAGCGUCGCACAUCCUGACAUUGCCAUGUCACUUAACAACUUGGGUAACGUCUGGAGGAACCUUGGUGAUUACAGAAAGGCCAUCAGCUAUCAUGAACAGGCACUACAGAUGAAUCGGAAUAUCUAUGGUAAGAGCGUCGCACAUCCUGACAUCGCCGUCCCACUUAACAACUUGGGUAACGACUGGAGUGACCUUGAGGAUUACAGAAAGGCCGUAGCAUAUUAUGAACAGGCAUUACAAAUGAAGCAGAGUAUUUAUGGUAGAAGCAAUGCACAUCCUUAUAUGGCCUCGUCACUAAACAACUUGGGUUCCGCCUGGAAAGAACUUGGUGAUCACAGAAAGGCCGUCAGCUAUUAUGAACAGUCACUACAGAUUAAGCGGAGUAUUUAUGGUAAGAUCUGGAGGAACCUUGGUGAUUACAGAAAGGCCGUCAGCUACCAUGAGCAGGCACUAAAGAUGGAGCGGAGUAUCUAUGGUAAGAGCAUCGCACAUCCUGACAUCGCCGGGUCACUUAGUGAUCACAGAAGGGCCUUCAGCUGUCAUCAAGAGGCACUACAGAUGAGGCGGAGUAUCUAUGGUAAGGGCAUCGCACAUCCUGAUAUCGCCAGGUCACUUAACAACUUGGGUAACGCCUGGGGAAAUUUAGGUUAUUACAGAGAGGCCAUUAGCUACUUUGAACGGUCACUACAGAUGAGGCGGAUUAUCUAUGGUAAGGGCACUGCUCAUACCGAGAUUGCCGCGUCACUUAACAAGUUGUGUGUUGCCUGGAUGUUGCUUGGUGAUCCCAGAAAGGCUGCCCCCUACUACUGUGAUCAAUUUGUGCGGAUGAAGCAGAUGAUUGAUGAGACAUAUAAACCCUGA